AUGGUUCGCACACGUAGCUUCCCGUGUUCGUGGGUCUCAUGCAAAAAGGUAUUCAAUCGCAAGUCGGACCUCUGCAGACACUACCGAAUACACACGAACGAACGGCCGUAUCGAUGCAACUUUCCAAACUGUACCAAGAGCUUCAUCCAGCGCUCGGCGUUGACGGUGCACUCGCGCACGCAUACGGGAGAGAAACCACAUGUCUGCAACUUUGCAAACUGCAGCAAGGCGUUUUCAGAUUCGUCGAGUCUUGCUAGACAUAGAAGGAUACACACCGGUCGACGGCCGUAUAAGUGCUUAGAACCCACUUGCGAUAGGAGCUUUUGUCGCAAAACUACACUCACAAAACACCAAAGCCGAUCCCACCAGCCAGAGGCCGUCUCACCGUCUGCGCAAUCAUGCGAGUCGGAGCUAUACUCUCAACCAACACAGCACUCGAUGUCGAUGAUGCCACAAUCGUCCCCUGUAUCACAACAUCAACUGCAGUCGCAACAGCAGGAACAGCAGCAGCACCAACAGCAACAUCUACAGCCUCAGCCGCGACCCCAACAGCACUCCCCUUACCAACAACAACACUCACCCAUAAUAGCGGUACCCGUAUCCGACUACUUCCAUCACGCCCAGUCCCAACCAACAACAGUACACUCCAUCCCCAUCUCCGCAGAGCAACCUAUCCUCCCUCCGCAGGUCCAUUACGUCUCGACGGGUAUCCUACCACCCCAAAUUCCCCGAUAUGAUAUCCCAAUCACCACAUCAGCCGCAGUCUCGAUACCUACGACUAUAGACCAACUCACAUACGCUCAUCCUGUCUCCGUAUCCAUGCCACAGCAGCAACGGAUACAAGCACCGCAACCUAUCCAGGUUUCGCACCAGACGGACGGAGGCUUCCAGGUGCUUCCUGUCGUCGCAGGUGGGGCAGGCGGCCAGUACAUGAAGGAAUUCGACCACAUGAAGCAUGGCCAGCAGAGGUUCUUUGGAUCGACAUACCCAGAACACAUGAACUGGGAUUUUCUGGGCUUGAGUUAG